GCCGAGACCAAACAGUUCUCGCCAAGUACUUGUAGCUGCAGCAACCCAUUGAGAUGUUCAUCAAGCUCCUAUUAAUUAGCCAGCUGCUGGCGCUGGCCUUUGCCCAACUGUCGGUCGAAGAGGCAAAGAAGCUCAUUGACGAUGCCUCGGUUUACAGUGACGAGGAGACGGGAGAUGACAUGCAUCAGCCGGAGCCACACCAUCCUCCCCAGUACAAGCCCCACUAUCAUAAGCACGUGACCACCACCACCACCACCCUAGAGCCAGAAACAACCACUGAACCACCAUUGGAGACGGCUAAUAAUGCCACCGCUGCUCCCGAUGGACUGGGUCAGCUGGAUGAUGGAUUGGGUCAAGUCGUGGCCGGAUCAGCGCUUCCAGAGUCCACUACUACGCCGGAACCGGAGCCGGAGACCACUACCACUACAACCACCACAUCUACCACUACAACUACGACAACGCCAAAGCCCCACAAGCACGAGCCACACCCCUAUUCCCACCCAUACCCGCACCCGCAUCCUUAUCCAUACCCACACCCAUACCCGUAUCCUCAUCAACACUCACAUCCCUAUGGUCAGCCUGGAUUCCCCUAUACGCCAACAGGACCCAAGCCAGCGCCUCCAUCCGAGUCUUCUCCUUCACCUUCCCAUGGUGCUGGCCCGAAGUCGCCCGAGUUGAGUGGCUAUCCUUCAUAUCCCAGCUUCAGAUCGCCCUACUCUCCGUACCAGCCACCCCUCUUCCAAGGAUACCCUGGAAAUCCGCAUUUAGGGUACCCCGAGGAGCAUAAUCACGAAGAAGAGUCUGGCGAGGAUAAAGCCAAGGACAAGGACCAUUCUGGGGAAGAGGAUGAUAAGAAGCCGGAGGAUGUACCGCUGAGACCUAUCGGCUUUGGCUAUCCAUCCGUCUACUUGGUUCCCCGACGACCAGUAAUCACUGUGCCCAGCUAUCCAAGACCAGGUGGUGGUUAUGGAUCAUCCUAUGGCUACGGACGGUACUAAUAAUCUUAGAAAAACAACUUCAGUUAUUAAUUAAAUUGUAUUUAAACAAAUAAAAUACAAUUAUUAUAAA